UUCUGUUCGAGGAGAGGAGCGCACCUGAGCUGCUUCUCCAGGGCGACUUGGCGCAGUACGUGGCAACUUUACGCACGCACCCUGUGGCGUUUACCGGCAAGUUCUCGGUGGACUCCAGAGGAGGACCGUGGACAGUGGGGGACGUCAUCAACGUGGUCAGCGCUGACAUCGCCACCCCGGGAACACUCACGGUGGCUGGAUCGCCUUCAACCUCACCCGAUAUUUACGCAGGAGGAGGAGGAGAAGGAGGAGACGCAGCGGACGCGGGGGACGGUACCAUGGCGCACGGCCAGCCGGACAUCAGCCACAUGUACGCGCCCCCUCACCCCCACCAUCUCAACCGCCCUCCCUACUCCUGCAGCGGGGACAUGUACCAGGAUCCGUCGGCAGGGGGAUACCUGGCGACGUCAACCUGCGCCGUCGCCUACCACCCGCCCCCGUCCUACAACUCCGUGCCCAAACCGACUGUAGACGGCGCCGCGCUGCUGUCCAUCAUGCCUGACUAUGGAGGCUUCUACCAGCAGAGCUGCCAGAGAGAUAUCCAGACGGCUUUCCCGGAUAGGAAAUCCCUCCCGUACCCGCUAGACUCCCUCAGGGUGCCUCCGCCUCUCACGCCUCUUAACACCAUCAGGAACUUUACGCUCGGUGCGCCCUCGCCGGUCGCAGAUGGUCCGAUGGCCGCCGCUUUCCCCAGCCACCAGAACCUUCCUCUCAGGCCGAUCUUGAGGCCCAGGAAGUACCCGAACCGUCCGAGCAAGACGCCUGUGCACCAGAGGCCGUACCCGUGCCCGGCGGAGAGCUGCGACCGUAGGUUCUCCCGGUCGGACGAGCUGAGCCGGCACCUGCGCAUCCACACCGGCCACAAACCCUUCCAGUGCCGCAUCUGUAUGAGGAACUUCAGCCGCAGCGACCACCUCACCACCCACAUCCGCACCCACACCGGGGAGAAACCGUUCUCCUGCGACCAGUGCGGGAGAAAGUUCGCCAGGAGCGACGAGAGGAGGAGGCACAUGAAGAUUCACCUCCGGCAGAAGGAGAAAAAGUCCUCUGCGUCCUAAUCCUCAGUGCGCACGGCCCCAUGCUGCUGAAUGUAAACUUUCUGAAUCUGAAAAUGAGCUCCACAGCAUGCCUGCCAACAGAGCCCAAAUUGAAUCUUGUAACAAAAUGGAAGAAAUCUCUUUGGAAGCCAUAUCUUGAAAAAAAUCAGGGAGAAUCAGAAGCAGAGUGUGUGUUUGGUCAUGCCUCCCUUCAGUAUUUAUCACAUUAACUAAAACAUAAUUCCUCUCAUCAGCCAGUGGUCCAGAUUAUUAACAGAACGUUAAAUUAUAUGAAAUGUAAAGGGAGUUUGGUUUACAUUACUGAAUAUAUACAGUAAAGCGAUGGCAGUUGGUGUCAGUGUGUAGAACAGCUGCAGCUUGCUUUAGUGCUCUGUGGCAAGGCAUUCUGUCCACUGUCUAUGCUUCACAUUCUCAGGGAUUCAAUUACAAUUCAGGCUGCAAAGAUGAGACCAAAAUCCUGCAAGAGUCUGAGUGAUGCAGGAGGUUGUACUGCUGCUGCUGCCUCCAGCUGUGUGGGCGCUUUGGUUUCAGUUGCAGUUAGAAUGCACAGAUCCUGUCAAUUUCAGAAAACUCUCCGUGGUAUCAGAGGGCACUUUUGGAUUCCUCACUUAAACUUUAUGCACUCAGUUUUUCCCCCACCAAACACACACACAGAUGCAAUUUCACUUAAACAUCGGUUUCCGAAAUCAAAAUCUGUUUCACUUUAAACUACAGUAAUGACACUAGGUUAUUUCUCUGCACAAUUUUGUUUUUGUGGUGACGAAACUGUAAUUUCGGAUUCGUCCCACCUCAUCAUCAAAUUCUUAAUUGUGCUGCAAUCCCCACAUCUUCUCCUCAAAUGUAACCAACAGUAAAUUCAGUGAUGUUCAGUACCAUUAUGUAACUAAAAAGAUAUAAGAAUCAACUCAUAUUAAAGUUAAAAGACGAUUUUCAGGGUUACAUGAGACAGAUACACACAGGCAGUAUUUUGUAUUGUGAUGAAACAGGAUAAAUAUCACUAACGAUGCUACACUGUAUAGGCACUAAAAUACGCCACCAUUUUGAAAGGUUGGUAUGGGGCUAAGGUGGUGAACUCAGUGAAAAUUUCUUUGGCUAGAUGCAGCAAAAUGAAGCUUUUUUUUAACCUGGUUUUGUAUCAUAUUAGAAAUGUUGAGACGAUUAUAUAUAUUAAUAUGUUUCAUUUACAAAGAGCUGACUUUGCUUUUAUUACAGCACAUGAUUGGGAUUUUAUGAGAGUGUUACUUUCUGGUUAGAUUUUAUUUUUAGCUGCUUUCAGGUGUAUGCACACACAGACCUGUUGAUACUUGUAAAGAUCCAACCAGCAUUUCUACCCGAUGAAUGUGAGAGAAAGAGUCACUGGACAAAAUAAAAGUUCUGUGUUUGUGUUUUAUAUUUUUUAUGCAAACAAGUCGAGCACUAAAGCUUUUAUUCUGCCGGACUGAUGCUUCUUGUCGAUGCAAAUAAAUGUUGACUUGUCGAGUUGUUGUGGU